AUGCAGAUAAUACCCAUACUAUCAUCACUAAUUUGCCUCAUACUCAUAGGGUUCAGUUGGGCUACGGGGCGACUAGAGAAAUCAACGGUGCCUGCUUUUAGACAGGAAAAUGAGGUCAUUCAUCAAAGCGAAGUGCAAUACAACCGACAUCAGCCUCAAGUAACACCCCAUGUCCAAGAUCGUCACGAGUCACCACUGCUUGGAUAUCAACAAAAACACACGAACUCACUUCUUCCGUUGGAGUUUCGAUCAAUUGAUGACUGCGAACUACAAGAUAUUUUACUCGUUAGUGACAUCAACGGCAACUUGCAUGGGGUAGAAAGGGGUACAGGGACCAUGCUUUGGACCCUACCUAUAGAUGAGCCUCUAGUCAAGGUCCAGUCAAAUAAUACUUUUGAGAAUGCGAAAAGUCAGCAGUCAAAUAUCCUAUGGUUUGUUGAGCCUUAUGAAGAUGGUACUUUGUACUAUUUUACACCCAUGUUUGGAUUGAAUAAACUACCCACGAGUAUAAAACACUUGGUUAUGGAGUCGCCUUUUUCUCUUAGUGGUGAUGAUAAAAUUUACACGGGCACGAGAAAGACAUCCUUGUACAGUCUAAAUAUCCACACCGGUGAAGUCAAGUCGGCAUUUGGUAAUCAAGAUGAAUGCCCCGUGCUGCAAACUACACUCCCUCCCAGAGACGGAGGACAAGAUGAUACCAUAAUGAUUGGGAAAACAACAUAUCAGCUAUCCAUUCAUUCCAAAACAAACAGUAAUAUAGUUUGGAAUGUCACUUAUAACCAAUGGGUACCAAACAACAUUGACAAUGACUUGAUAAUGCAAAACAAACAAUCGUUGGACAAGUUGUAUUUUACUCCUUUCCAUGAUAGGUCCUUAUUAGCCAUUAAUAAAGACAUCGGUACUCCAGUCUGGAUCAGUCGCUUACCAGCAUUGGCUGUGAAUAUUUUUGAUGUAUUCCAUAAUGAUAAACAAAGGGACUAUGUGUUGCUACCCCAUCCAUUAGAAGUUUUGAACCAAUUACAAACAAGUGAUGCAAGGAAUGACGAUUUAGUCUUUAUCAACAAAACCUCCGACUCAAAUCAAUGGGUGGCCAUGAGUUUCCACAACUACCCAACAUUGAUUAAGAGUGCUCCUCUUUCCAAAUACCAAGCUAUCUUGAAUCAAUAUUACGCAGGCGUUAACGAGGCAGUAGGGUAUAUCGAAGAUUAUCAACUUUCCACAAGCACCCCCGAGCAAAUUGAGCAGUUGAUUACGGGAAUCCAUCGAGUUGUCGAGUUGUCAAGAGACUCUUCCUACCAACCAGCUUCAAGGUUUACCUCGCCAAAGGAUAUAAAGAGAAUUGGUGACGGUAAUGAGGAGAACAAUACCCCAGCACAGCCAGUACCGAAUAUCAUUGAUGGUAUCAAGUUCCCAGCCAAAGUCUCAACAAUUGGCUCCGAUGUCAUUAUGGUUGAGCCAGUGAAGGAUUCUGUUGAAAAUUUCACACCAACAAUACGAUCUUCUGGAUCCGUCGCAAUCAUCAAACGCAUAGUUGAGGAUUUGAGUGUCAUGAUGGUUAUACUUUUAUUGGUUGUCUUUUUUGGAAGGUCAAACAAGUAUGUUAGGAAGCUAUUUGGAAACUUUAGAAUCAAUGAUGAUUUGGAAUUGGUCAGGGAUGAAGAGCCCAAGAGCAUAGUUGUUGAACAACAAUCAAACGGGCCAGACGCUGGAGAAGAGAGUGCAGAGGUUGAAUCAAAACUGGGCGUUAAUACCUUAAAGGAUGUCGGUGGAGUAAUGGAGGUUAUUGAGGUGGAAAGUUUGCAGUCAACUGAAGAUGCUACUGAUCGUAUACAGAAGAAAAAGGUGACAAUAGUCGAACCUGAGUCCGAGAUUAUUGAAGAUAUUGGUGCUAUCAAUGAACCCUUACUGCAUGAGGAAGAGGAAACUAGAGAUGGACUAGAGAGCACUGUAAAUGCUGACGACACUGAAGAGAAAGAGCAGACCGAGAAUGAGCCACUUACAAAGAAGAAGCGCAAGAGAGGCAGCAGAGGAGGAGCCAAAAGAGGCGGAAAGCAUAUCAACAAGAACAAGAAUUCUGAGGAAAAGGAGUUGAGCCAUGAUGACAAAAAUUCUGAAGAAGACGCAGAAGAAGAGAUCAUUGCCACAAAGAGUCUUAUACAAACCUUGCCAUUACCACCCAAGCUGAAGAAGAAGUUGCAAAUUGAAAACAAUUUGAUUAUUUCUGACAAAAUACUAGGGUAUGGAUCUCAUGGAACUGUUGUGUUUGAAGGUACUUUUGAAAAUCGACCUGUGGCGGUGAAGCGGAUGUUGCUCGAUUUCUACGACAUUGCAAACCAUGAAGUUCGGCUAUUGCAGGAAUCAGAUGACCACCCAAAUGUGAUUAGAUACUUUUGCUCACAAUCAUCUGAAUCAGAAAAGUUUUUGUACAUUGCGUUGGAGCUUUGUUUAUGUACAUUGGAGGAUAUAAUUGAAAAACCACAAAAGGUUGCCGAUUUGUCAAUUCCGAGAAGAAAUGAUAUAUUGUAUCAGUUGGCAAGUGGGUUGCAUUAUUUGCAUUCGUUAAAGAUUGUACAUCGAGAUAUUAAACCACAAAAUAUCUUGGUUGCAAACGUCAAGAAGUCGCCACAUUUGAAAAGAGAUCCGAUUGUGCUGGAGAAAAUACAGUAUGAAAACAAUGUUCGGUUGUUGAUUUCUGAUUUUGGAUUGUGUAAGAAGUUGGAGCAUGAUCAAUCAUCGUUUAGAGCAACCACUCAACACGCCGCGUCGGGAACUUCGGGCUGGAGAGCUCCUGAGUUGUUGCUCAAUCACGAUUUAUUGGAGAUUUCACCGGACUCCAUUUCUUCCGUCCACUCCAACGGGGCUAUAACUACUUCUACCACAGCCAGCUCCACCUCCACCUCCACCUCCGUAUCAGGAGGUAAACGCUUAACUAAAGCCAUCGAUAUUUUCUCCCUUGGAUGUGUGUUUUUCUACAUUUUAACCAACGGACAGCAUCCAUUUGGUGAUCGAUAUAUGCGAGAAGGUAACAUCAUCAGAGGCGAAUAUGACUUAUCCAUCUUGCUCACCAAGUGUCCUAAUGACAAGUACGAAUCAAUUGAUUUGAUUUCAAGUUUAAUUCACGCCAACCCCGCCUUGCGUCCCAACACUUCAAAAAUCCUCCAUCAUCCACUUUUCUGGUCACCAACUAAACGUCUUGAGUUUCUACUCAAAGUUAGUGAUCGAUUCGAAGUUGAAAAACGUGAUCCACCGAGUGACUUGUUGCUUGAGUUGGAGAAACACGCUCAAAUUGUACAUAAUCUCGACUGGCAUGGUCAGCUUGCCGAUGAGGAGUUUUUGGAGAAUUUGGGCAAGUACCGCAAGUACCAAACUACUAAGUUGAUGGAUUUGUUGCGGGCUAUAAGAAACAAGUAUCAUCAUUAUAAUGAUAUGCCUCCUGGCUUACAAGAGAAGAUGGCCCCGUUGCCUAAUGGGUUUUACCAGUAUUUUAAUAACAAGUUUCCACAUUUGUUGAUGGAGAUUUAUUAUUGUGUCCAAGAUAACUUGAAACAUGAGUAUGUAUUUAGUGAAUACUUUGCAUAG